AUGUCAUCCAACAACGGCUUCGUCCUCUAUCACUAUGAGCCCUCUCUGCCAGCAGCAAUUGUCUUUUCGGUCUUGUUCAACAUCACAACACUGGCGCAUCUAUACCAGCGUUUCAAGUCCGGAUCGAAGUACAUGAACCCCUUCAUCGUGGGUGGCUUCUUCCAAGUCACCGGCUACGGAUGCCGAGCAGCAUCGCACUUCUUUGAGAAUUCCACCACUCUCUAUGCCAUCCAGACACUUCUGGUCCUGCUGGCACCGACGCUCUACGCAGCGUCGAUCUACAUGAUCCUUGGCCGGACGAUCCAAUUCCUCCACGCAGAGCGACUGAGUCCAGUGCCUACGAGAUGGAUGACCAAGGUUUUCGUUGCGGGGGAUAUCCUCUCGUUUAUCCUGCAGGGAGCUGGUGGAGGAGUGAUGUCCGCCGGGGGCUCAAACUCACAAGAUAUCGGCACGUACAUCAUCGUCGCCGGUCUUGGCGUUCAGCUCCUCUUCUUUGGUGUUUUUGUCAUCGUCGCUUGGGUCUUCCAUUUUCGAUUCUCCAGCUCGGAAAACUCAGGUACUGAUGUGAACACCUCUGGGAAAGUGCCUUGGGCGCGGAGCUGGAAUGGUCUGCUCUGGGUGCUGUACCUUGUCAGCGGGCUCAUUCUCAUACGGAGUGCGUUUCGGAUGGUGGAGUUUGCGCAGGGAUUCAAUGGAUACCUGAUCAGGCAUGAGAUUUUCAUGUAUGUUCUCGAUACGGCGUUGAUGUUUGUUCUGAUGGUUGUGAUGAAUGUGGUUCAUCCUUCUGGUGUUCUGGGCAGGGUGAAAGGGGAGAUGGUGGAGUGUGAGACGCUGGGGGCUUAA